AAAGACUCCAAAUCUGACCACCUAAAAAACCUGUAAAUACUACACAAAAGGGAGUCAAUUGUGGCACAGAAUUUCCUCUCUGCUUCUCCGAAAGACAACUACGCGAACCAGGAGAGAAUUAUAUAUAUGUAUAUAUAUAUAUGUACAUACGCAUUGUGUGGAUGGUCAAUCAGAUAUACAGAUUACGCGAAUCGGGGGAGAAUUUUAUUUGAUUUUGGAGCCGAGAAAUCCUAGAAAAUCUGGCUGAGAAAGUUUGAGUGAAUUUUUGUUUGGGAGCCGAGAAAAUGGGAGGGUGUUUAUCAGGUGAUGUGAGAGGAGGACAACAGGCGAUUGGAGUAGGAGGAAUCCAUGACAAGACUGCAUGUGGAAACAAUGCAGCCUGCAAUGAAGCAGUUGAUUUUUUCUUCAGAUCUCGCGGUCAACUUCCUCUUUUCUCCCAAAUUGAGCUAUCUUUAUCUGCUUCCAAUCUAAUUGAUCGUGAUGUCACCUCAAAGAGCGAUCCGAUAACAAUUAUGUAUUUGAAGAAAAGAGAUGGGAUAGUAGAGGAAAUUGGCCGUACAGAAGUCAUACUAAACAAUCUCAAUCCUUGUUGGAUUCAAAAGAUUACAGUUGCUUUUCACUUUGAGUCUCUUCAGACAUUACUUUUUCGUGUGUACGACGUGGAUACCCGAUAUCAUAAUUUACCAGUCAAGACAUUGAAGCUGGAGGAUCAAGAAUUUCUGGGAGAAGCCAGUUGUGUACUUUCGGAGAUUGUAACGAGAAAAAAUCAGACGUUAACCCUAGAUCUCCUUGACAAACACGGGCCCUGUGGUUCGAGGAAUUUAGGGAAGCUCACUGUCCAUGCUGAGGAAACAUUUGCUUCUAAAAGUAUUGUUGAGAUAAUGUUUCGUUGCACUAACUUGGAUAACAAGGAUUUGUCUCUAGAGUGUUCAAAUGGGAAUCCUCGAAAUCCAGAUUCUUUACACUACAUCGAUCCUUCAGGCUCGUUAAAUUCCUACCAACAGGCUAUAAUGGAGGUUGGGGAGGUUAUUGAAUUUUACGAUUCUGAUAAAAAUUUCCCAGCUUGGGGUUUCGGAGGAAGGAUGAUUGAUGGCACGGUAUCACACUGUUUUAACUUGAAUGGAAGAUCAGAUAGCUCUGAGGUUGUAGGAGUUGAAGGAAUCAUGGCUGCAUACUCUAGUGCUUUACACAGCAUUGGGUUAGCAGGACCAACUUUAUUUGGGCAAGUCAUAAACAAGGCUGCUCAAAUUGCUGCUAAAUCUCUCUCAACCAACACCCACAAGUACUUUGUCUUGCUUAUAAUCACAGAUGGAGUCCUAACAGAUAUCACAGAAACCAAAAAUGCUUUGGUGAGGGCCUCUGAUCUUCCCUUGUCAAUUCUUAUUGUUGGUGUGGGAGAUGCAGAUUUUACACAAAUGGAGCUCCUUGAUGCUGAUAAUGGUUGUCGAUUGGAGAGCUCUACAGGUCGUGUAGCUACGCGAGAUAUCGUACAGUUUGUCCCAAUGCGAGAUGUAAAUAGUGGGGAGAUUUCUGUUGUUCAAGCUCUUCUGGAAGAGCUGCCUGGACAGUUCUUGACCUACAUGAGGAGCAGAAAUAUCGUUCCUCGUGAUCUGCUGGCUACGUAAAACUGACUGUUCUAGGAUGUUCGUUGGAUGUGCAACCAGAAAUCUUCCAAAUAUCAGGCUUAUAAGUGUUAAUACAAAUUUAGUAGCCAGUAUCUCAGAGUGACAUGAGUUGUUAGGAAUUCUUUUAUCUCUUCAUUUCUCCAUUGUAGUUGUUAGGGUUCAAAAGGAGAGGAUGAGACAAGUCAAAUCAUGAAAUACUAAAUCAACAUUGUUUGUUCUUUUAAAAAUUCGUGUAGUUUACAUCAAAACAAAAGAAAAUUAUUCAAUAUUUCGUGGUUGCAAAGGUAUUUUCGUAUUGGGACUGCUAUAGGAACUAAAAAUGACAUCAAAACUGGGUUCCAUUCUUCUGCUAGAAAGCUGAGGAGCUCGAAACCGCAUAAGAUAGUGAGUCUUGCUUUUCUGCUGCAGUGGGAAAGGAAUCCUUCCACUUGGAUUUCAUCAGAACUGCAAUGAUAGACUCGCUGACACUAGUUGUAACUUAAAUUGUACAUUCUGCAACAGGUAAGAAUCCUUCGGUCAUGCUUAAGCGGGAAAGGAGUGACAUGCUUAAGCAACCGGUGGGAAUCCUUUGGUCAUGCUUAAAUUGAACAUUUCAGAAGGAGCUUUAUUUGAUCUUUGGCUGUAGAAGUGAAACUAGGACUUGGGCAGUGAGAUUCUCACUGCAUUGAUGAGAAACAGAGGGCCAAC